GUUCAGAUGGCCUGCUGUGAACUGACUAAAAGAUUUUAGGUAACUCUAGCUUAGCAUUCAUUUGAAGUAUAUCAAAAUAAUGGACCCGUAAAAUAUAAAGGUCCCAUCCAGCCAUUAUAUUAUACCUUGUCUGCAAAGUUUUGACUCUUUGAAAACCAUGGAUAUCCACAUUUCAUGGAAAACCAUUAGUCUUUAAAAUAUCCUGGUUCAACGUGUUAGUCAAGGGACAUAUUUAUUGACAGUUGCAGUAGAGGAAUCAUCGCCUGGGGACCAUAUAAGCACAUACUAUACUUUAUCACAGUCUGGUGUACUGGGACACCACAUGGCGCCAUUUGACGUCAUUUGGGAGAUUUGUCAAAUAUAUUUAGGCUUUAGAUUUUUGAACAUAAAAUAGUAAAAUGAUGAUGAAGUUAUGCACUGAACUAAUGCAUUUCUUUCCUUAACACUUGGAUUGAGGAUGAGGGGUCACAGCCAAGAAAAGGUUGAGAAACUGUGUACUAGUGGGGAAAACACUGAAGAAGGCAUAGUUUUCGCAUGUUAACUCUGACCAUUGAAAAGUGGAGUGUUGCUCAAAUAACAGUUGCAGUCCGCGUGUGUGUGUGUGCGUGUGUGUGUGUGUGUGUGUGUGUGUGUGUGUGUGUGUGUGUGUGUGUGUGUGUGUGAGAGAGUGUGUGUUGGGGUGGUAAUCUCAGCGGCGCCACCUUAAAAAAACAGUCUCGCGGACCUGUCAAUCUGACGAACCAGACAGACCCUGGCUCGCGGCCCUGCUGUGAGAACUACUACGUGAUUGGCCGAAAGCAGUAGUCCCUGUGAGACCUGGCCGCCCAUUGGCUGCAGCAUGUCGAGACACUGACGCGCACGACGUCUCCCCUCUAUUGUUAUUGUGGCGUGCGCGAGGGGAACAGACAGGAUGCACGAGGAGACAGUAGGGCUGAUAAAAGGAUAAAACAACCGAGAAACAUCAAGCUAGCGCUGUACAACGUAUGAGAAAUAAACACUAGUUCGUUACAUUACAGGCAUUUAUUAAACAUUCGCCCUGUAAACGCAGAGCAAUCCAUAGGUAAUACAAAGGAGUAUUAACACAGAUAGCAGCCCUAGUCAACACAUACAAUACGAACAGCUAUCCGAGUACAACAGCGAUCUUUCUGUCCAACUUCUUCUCUCCACUCUGGCUGAUGUGGACUGAUUCAGAGCUGGGACAUCAUGAUGCCAGUGAACUUUCUGGUCAUUCAUUGGCUGACCAACUUAAUACCAGCAGCAUCAUGUCAGUGAACCCUCCGAGCAGCAAUGACGCCUGUCUCAGCAUCGUCCACAGCUUAAUGUGCCACCGGCAGGGCGGAGAGAAUGAGGGCUUUGCCAAGCGGGCCAUCGAGAGCCUGGUGAAAAAGCUGAAGGAGAAGAAGGACGAGCUGGACUCGCUCAUCACUGCCAUCACCACCAAUGGUGUCCAUCCCAGCAAGUGUGUCACCAUCCAGAGGACGCUGGACGGACGGCUGCAGGUGGCAGGAAGGAAAGGUUUUCCUCACGUCAUUUAUGCACGGCUGUGGCGUUGGCCUGACCUCCACAAAAAUGAACUCAAGCAUGUCAAGUUCUGCCAAUACGCCUUUGACCUGAAGUACGACAAUGUAUGUGUCAACCCCUACCAUUAUGAGAGGGUGGUGUCACCCGGCAUCGUUGGUCUCAGCCUUCAAAAUACAGCAGCACCAGGCGGCCUGAUCAAAGAGGAAUACAUUCAUGACUGUAUACAGAUGGAACUCCCACCUGGCAUGCCUCUGUCUGACCACCAAGCGGCCCUGAAGCUUCCUCCUCCAGACCACUAUGGCCAGCCCUUGCCUCCCCCACAGCUGUCCUCUGAGCCCCAUGGACCCCCACCUGUCACCAGAUACACUAACCUGCCUGUCUCACCCAAAGUGUCUGGCACCAGCUCUAUGCUACCCCUGCAGGGCGGUCACGGUGACGGCCGUCUCCAAACUGCAUCUCCACAAGCUCAAAUUAUGACCCCGGCACCACGGCCUCCGACCCCAACCCAAUCCCCUCCUCAGCAACAGGCUGCCCAGCAAUCCUCACAACCCCCCCACCCACAACAACCCUCCCUACCUCCUUCUCACUCGCAUGGACAGAACGGAUACAGCAGCAAUAAACACUCUCAGAGCCAGGCUGCCUUCCACACAGUUUGGACAGGCAGCAGCACAGCCUCCUACACUCCCAUUGGACCCCAGCAGAACGGCCGUGGUCACCAACAACCUCCCCUCCAUCAUCCAAACCACCACUGGUCUCAGCAUCAUGGCUCAACUUCUUUCCCUCCUUCUGUGUCCAACCAUCCAGGACCAGAGUUUUGGUGCUCUAUCUCCUACUUUGAAAUGGACGUUCAGGUGGGUGAGAUGUUCAAGGUGCCCUCCAGCUGCCCUGUAGUAACCGUGGAUGGCUAUGUUGACCCGUCAGGUGGCGAUCGCUUUUGCCUGGGCCAGCUGAGUAAUGUCCACCGCACAGAUGCAAGUGAGAGAGCCAGGUUGCACAUAGGUAAGGGUGUGCAGCUGGAGUGUCGUGGCGAGGGCGAUGUGUGGAUGCGCUGUAUGAGCGACCACGCUGUGUUUGUACAGAGCUACUACCUCGACAGGGAGGCAGGCCGAGCACCAGGUGAUGCUGUGCACAAGAUCUAUCCUGGAGCCUACAUCAAGGUGUUUGACCUGCGGCAGUGCCACAGACAGAUGCAGCAGCAGGCAGCGACCGCUCAGGCUGCAGCUGCUGCACAGGCAGCUGCUGUGGCAGGAAAUAUUCCAGGUCCAGGCAGCGUCGGAGGCAUUGCACCUGCAGUUAGUCUGUCUGCAGCGGCUGGGAUUGGUGUGGAUGACCUGAGGCGUCUGUGCAUCCUGCGGCUCAGCUUCGUGAAGGGCUGGGGGCCUGACUACCCCCGGCAGAGCAUCAAACACACGCCCUGCUGGGUGGAGGUCCACUUGCACCGCGCUCUGCAGCUUCUGGAUGAGGUGUUGCACACUAUGCCAUUGGCAGACCCAGGGCCUGCUAACUAAGGACCAAGACCAUGUUUAAAUUCCAAUCUGGAUUCUAUGAAUGUGUGCACACAGACAGACACAUAUGCUAUAUAAUUAAUACACAAAGCAAAUCAAUGAAAAAUACACAGGAAACAACACAUUAUGCUUGUAACAAUCAAUGCACACAUCACUCAUGUUGUCUCACAGACAAACACACACAUGCACACACACACACACACACACACACACUGCAACCAAAAUGUCUGUAGCCAAACAGACAUCAAAGUGCUGAUGUUUUUUCUAAUGCUUUAAUCUAAAGUCCAAGACAAGGGAGUUGGAGCUCUGAAGGUAAAUAUUCUGAUCAACUUGUCUCUGACCCAAAGACAUUUGUAUACACUGCAGAAAUCCAGGGAUGUGUUUCAGAAAUCCAGUUCCCCUAUAUGCAAUGUGGAUUUCUAAUUGUAGGAGCACAUUCAUU